AUGGAAACCAACGGAAGACAAUGGCGGGCAAUGAAGAUAGGGACCAUCCACAGACACAUGGCGUCCAUUGAUGAAGAUGGAGAUAGUAAUGGUAAUGAUGAUGAUGAUGAUCACGAUGAAGAUGGAGGUGAUGAAGAUGGAUAUGAUGAUGAUGAUGAUGAUCACGAUGAAGAUGGAGAUGGAGAUAGCGUUGAAUAUGAUGAUGAUGAUGAUGAUGUUGAUGAUGAUCACGACGAAGAUGGAGUUGAUGAAGAUGGAGAUGCUGAUGCUGAUGUUGAUGCUGAUGCAGAUGCUGCUGAUGAUAAUGAAGAUGGAGUUGAUGAUGAUGAUGAUGAUGAUCGCGAUGAAGAUGGAGAUGCUGAUGCCGAUGCUGAUGCAGAUGAUGAUGCAGAUGAUGAUGAUGAUGAUGGUGUUGAUGAUGUGCCAUCUUUUCCAUUUACAGACAAGGCAUAA